CAACCUCUCACACCUCAUUUCAUUUCAAUUUCCAUCACCACAGAUAUUUAUCCUCUCUUGUUCAAAGAUAUGGAGGCACUCUGCAGACAUUUGUCAAAAAGAAAUGGUCAAUGAACUUAGGUCCCAAAACUCAUAGGAAAUCAUAUGAAAAACAAAUAAACACUAGGCCCAAAAUCUGGCCUGGCUCACCCACCCAAACAAAGGAAGGGGCUUCUGCACGUAUCAGAGCAAUGUUUACAAAAUCCUCAUUAAGGAAAAGAAAGCAGAUAACGAUGCACACUCAUGCGCACACACACACACACACACACACACACACACACACACACACACACACUGGGACACUAUGAACACUAGAAUUGCAGAGCUUCCUAGUUUGUAGAUAAGGGAUAGAGAGAGAAAGUAGGCAGAGCAAGAGUCAGAGAGAGAGAGGAAAAAACAUUUGAAAAGAGAUGCCACAGAGGGACAUCUCUUUCACGUAGUGAAACCACCCUCAAGCCCAAACUUUUCAGACAUCAAAAGGUGAGAAGAAGAAUAAAUGCUCAGAGUUCAGGAAUAGCGGCACUUUAAUGCAGUGACCAGUGUGCGGCUACCAAUAAAAACCAAAGCAGCACGGGACGGCUCUACUUUCCUACAUUCUGCACUGCAGCAACAACUGACCUUCUAUCCAGUAGCAAGAUUUGAGUACUUCAAAUUAAGGGCAUUUGUCGCUGGAUCUCUAUCCAGAUUUUGCUCCUGCAACUCUGCACCUAUAGCUGAUACACACCUCAUUUGCCUCACAUCAUGGCUGGCAGCAGGAAUUACUUCUGGAUUAUGUGUUCAUCCACCAAAUCUGUUUUAUUGGCCUUUUUCUUGCUUUUCUGGGGGCCUUUCUGUGCUCAAAGUAACCCUAUCGGCUCUCCGGAAAAGCUACGGAUCGCUCCAGGGAUGGAUGACGGACAUGGAGGGGUUCUAGAUCCUUCACUCCUGGAGCAGGACAGUGAGGUGGACAUGCAGAGCUUGCUAGAAACCCUGAAGGGACAGUUUCUACGUACCUUCAACCUGACACGUCCCGGCCCCCCUGUGCAGCCAGGGGCCACUCGUGUAGAGCCCCCUGAGUACAUGCUGGAGCUCUACAACCGCUUUGCCAAUGACCGAACAGCAAUGCCUUCUGCAAACAUAGUACGCAGCUUUAAAAACGAAGACUCCUCCCCUUACAGCAUGGGACCUGGUGGAGUAAGACUACACCCACUUCUCUUCAACGUGUCAAUCCCACACCACGAGAGAGUCACCGCAGCUGAGCUCCGACUGUAUACACUCGUCCAGACUGACCGCAACAAAUACGCAGGUGUUGACAGAAAAGUGACCAUAUAUGAGGUCAAACAGCUUGAAACGAACAGCAGUCAGCAAAUAAGAGGCGACAAUACUGAAGGAAAUCAAACCAGGCAAGAGGGAGAAACAGAACUAGUGGAGGUGGCGUCACGGCAGGUUUACGGUACAGAUAACGGGUGGGAAUCCUUUGACAUGACCGCUGCAGUGCACCUUUGGCGGAAAUCAGACUAUGGCACCACCCACAGGCUCGAGGUUCACAUAGCCAGUUUGAACUCUCAGAGUGUGGCGGCAUCUGAAGGUGGGGAUGAAGGCAAUGCCAUAGCAGGGGACAUGGACAUUGACACAAGCCCUGAGGACAAACACAAACCCUUAAUAAUUGUGUUCUCUGAUGACCAGAGCGGAGACCACCGUGGAGACAAACGAGAGCUGAAUGAGCUGAUCCGGCAUGAGACCGCUGGGCCAGGCGUUCAAGACAACUUUGAGCUGGAGUUGACCGGCCUUUGGGAUGAUCUGGGAAUUAUGGGACAAAAAGAUGGGAAUGAGGAAGAGGAGCAGAGCGAGGAAGCUCUCCUACAGAUGCGCUCCAACCUCAUCUAUGAAACAGCGUCUAGAAUUCGACGUAAUGCCAAAGGCAACCAGUGUAAAAAGAGCUCCCUCUACGUGGACUUCAAAGACAUUGGCUGGGACAGCUGGAUCCUGGCGCCCACCGGUUAUGAAGCCUUCGAGUGCACAGGGAUAUGCUCAUACCCUUUGACCAAACAUGUGACACCUACAAAACAUGCCAUUGUACAAACAUUGGUCAGUCUGAAAAGUCCACAAAAAGUGUCCAGGGCUUGUUGUGUACCCACUGAACUAGAUCCCAUCUCCUUACUCUACCUAGAUGAUGCAGGUGUGGUGACAUAUCAGUAUAAAUUUGAAGGUAUGGUGGUAGCAAAGUGUGGAUGCAGAUAGUAUUUGAUGGACACGGGGAAGUGGGGUGAAGCUGGGCCAAAAGCUUAGAGAUUGGACUGAAAGGAGACUAAACGGCAUUCACUGUCUAUGGCCUAAUACCAAGUUUUUUCCAAAUGGCAGUGGAUGAGCUCUUUCUCCCAACAUUAACAGUGUUAGCAGGAGUCAUGAUAUCAGUUGUGGAAUACCAGAUCUGGAGCCCUGGGACGAGGGGCCAGAAUGCAAGACUUAGUGGGAACUGUGACCAUUUCAUCCCCACUGAAUAAGGAUUGGGUGGAACAUAAGACAAUAAUUGAACCACUAACACGCCUCAAGAUCAGCUGGGAUAAAUGAGCUGUUCUUAUCAGUAAAGACUGAAGUUUAAGUCAGAGAUUAUAUCAACUCCAAAUCAUUACAUACUUGGCCAUAUUGUUUGCGUCAGCAGAGUCCUUGCUAAGUGGGUGUUUCGUAGAGAUGGCAGUGAACUCAAGCACCACAGGGUCAGUCCGGUGACCCUACCAGAGACAAGAAGCCUGUGAAAUGGUCUGUUUCCAGUUUCCACAAAGCUCAGUAUCGUAUCUCUCACGACAACGCCAAGUCAAUACACAGUUUCCUGCCUAACAGAAUGCAUUUGAUAUGAACUGUCCAAGUUAAAGUGAAAUUGUUAUCAGAAGAGUCUCGUAGAUGAGGAAAGGGGUAAAACAGAUCAGAACGGACCAGUCUGGACUUCCGAAAGUGUCUGAGAACAACUCCUAAUCUGGAUAUUUAGCAGUCAGUAUUGCAAAAACACUAUCGGGACAAUGGCUCUCAUUCACUAAGUGUGCGUACACACACAAAUUGCGCAAAAUAUGCAAACUAAUGUUUUCACAAACAAAUCAUGAUUUACCAUUAACAUUUGUACUAAAAAAAUGUUUCAUUUACGAUUGUAUUUCAUCAUAUACAGUAAAAGAGUAAGAAAAGGUGCAUUAUAGCUCAAGCUUCAAGGUUUCUCCGUAGAAAAAUGCAUAUGAACAGCUGGUUAAUGAGAGGUCUGUAAUCUAUGUCUGUAAAAGGUGUUUAUUGUGUUUGAAUUGAUUUCAAGGAUGUCAGACUUGGUUUAUUUGUAUAGCGCUUUUUAUUUUAAAUUAUGAUGUUAUCAGUCAAAGAGGAGUGUGUCAAAGUCGAUUUGAGUACUUCAAUAUUAUUAACAUUAGAACAGGCUUAAGAACACAUUCAUGUGCAUACACAAGUGGUGAACUGUGCAUACAAAUACGAAAUAAUCCAUGCAGUUAUUAGUGAAUGAGACCCAUUAUUUCAGUGCUAAAACUAAGCAAUAAACAGACGAUUAUAAAAGAGAGACAUCAAAAAAGGACAGUAAGAACUUCUAAAAUCUAGAAUUCCUUGGGCCACUUAAUUUUGACUUUUUCCUUUCUUCAGUAACAUUUUUCUGCUAAAAUCUUGUCUUUAUUUGACCAUGGAAUAAACUCACAAAUCAGCAUGUCACUGCUGAGAUAUGAGAAUAAGACGGUUGACAAAGGAUGUACAGCUUGGUCCAUCCGCUUUGUUCCAUAAACGACAGACGGCAUCAUCGCCUCCUCCUGCUCCACAUGCCGUGUAAGCUGUGCUCCCACCCCUAAGCAUGGCCGUGAUUAGAAGGGGUCAGGACUGAAAAAUGUGUGUGAGGACCAAAGACGAUUCAAAGCUGAACGGAUGGUGGGAGACAGCUGUUCUUUGGAAUGAGAGGGCAGUUGGCAGUUUUCAUAUCACUUCAUCAGUUUUUAUAUAACUUUUUGACCCCAAUCUACCGUAAAGCGAAGACACAUCAUUUACUCCCCAUCACUCUCCUUCUGUAGUCUUCUGUCAUCCUUCUCCUCCUUUUGGACCCUUAUCACUGUUAGGACAGGAGGAUGAAUGCAAACUGUCUCGCAAGGUCAUGCCUUGCAGUCUGAUAAUAUUGGCCAGGAUUAUUCCCAUGCCUGACGCAUACUUUGCAUUUUUGACUUAAUAUGAGUAACUUCAUGUUGUUGAAAUACAAGUUGUGUUCUGCUGCUUUGAUUUAUUAUAAAGCUUAUUUAUUGAUUAAUUUAUUUGUUUUUAUUAUUAUUUUGGUUGACUUUGUAUAGCAAUACUGUACAUGACUGCAUACACUAUACAGAGUACAUGAUAUGAUGUUGUUGUGCAAAGAAUAUGGGUCAAGCAUAUAAAUUAAUUUAAAAUCAAAUUAUUAAUUGUAAUAAUUUAUCCGUUUCUCAUCUAAUAUGUGUUACAACGAUGUUGUACAUGCUUUAAUCAAUCACUUUUCAAGCACUGACGUCUUGUUAGGAUUUGUAUAUAUCUUUAAAUAGUUUGUUGAUCCUCUUGUCCCUUGCAUCCAGACACUCCAUAACUUCUUAACAAGAUAUAUUUAGCCACAAUCAGUCCAGAGCUCGCUGUUUAGACACUGGGUGUGGGAGCGAUUCAUAAAUUUAACUUCCCAUUGAAGACCAGCAGCUCAAAGGCCCAUAGUUUACAUGUGUCAAACAAAUGCACAUCCAUGGGAAGCUGAGUGGAAACCAAUGACCACACAGGCUCAUCUGCUCUGCGGCUUGAGACUGUGCAGAUAUAUUUGUUUCUUUUUUGAGUGGUUAGGGGUAGGGGGCUUAUGAAGUGUUUAAGAUGGAAAAUUGGUAAUUGCCAGCUGCCUUUGUAGAACAUCUGUAUAUUGCCAUGUACAAACGCACAGAAUGUGUAAAUAAAAUGAUAUUUUGAAGAAACUUCAAAA